AUGGCGUUCAAGCUCCUUGGUUCCUUCGUCUCCCUCCUCGCGGCCCUCCAGGUCGCUAACGGUGCCCUCACCCGCCGUGUGACGUGCGCCACCGGCCAGGUCACCUCGAACGCGGCCUGCUGCGCGCUCUUCCCCGUCAUCGACGACAUCCAGACGAACCUGUUCGACGGCGGCGAGUGCGGUGAGGAGGUCCACGAGUCCCUCCGCCUCACCUUCCACGACGCCAUCGGCAUCUCGCCCGCCAUCGCCAAGACCGGUGUCUUCGGUGGUGGAGGCGCGGACGGCUCCAUUGCCAUCUUCGCCGACAUCGAGACGAACUUCCACGCCAACAACGGCGUUGACGAGAUCAUCGGCGAGCAGGCGCCCUUCAUCGCCCGCCACAACCUGACCACCGCCGACUUCAUCCAGUUGGCCGGUGCCAUCGGUGUCUCCAACUGCCCUGGCGCGCCCCGCCUGAACGUCUUCAUCGGCCGCAAGGACGCGACCCAGCCCGCUCCCGACCUGACGGUCCCCGAGCCCUUCGACGACGUCACCAAGAUUCUCGCUCGCUUCGAGGAUGCCGGCAAGUUUACCCCCGCUGAGGUUGUUGCCCUGCUUGCCUCGCACACGAUCGCCGCUGCCGACCACGUCGACCCCACCAUCCCGGGAACGCCCUUCGACUCCACCCCCGAGCUGUUCGACACCCAGUUCUUCAUCGAGACGCAGCUCAAAGGCACGCUCUUCCCCGGCAACGGCAGCAACCAGGGUGAGGUCGAGUCUCCCCUCGGCGGUGAGCUCCGUCUCCAGUCCGAUGGCCUCCUUGCGCGCGACCAGCGCACCGCCUGCGAGUGGCAGUCGUUCGUCAACAACCAGGCGAAGCUCCAGAGCGCGUUCAAGGCCGCGUUCGCGAAGAUGACCGUGCUCGGCCAGAACACCCGCGCGCUCAUCGACUGCUCGGACGUCGUCCCCACCCCGCCCGCCGCCGCCAGCAAGGCGCACUUCCCCGCCGGCCUCUCCCACCGCGACAUCGAGCAGGCGUGCCGCGCAACGCCCUUCCCCACGCUCCCCACGGACCCCGGACCCGUCACCACCGUCGCCCCUGUGUAA